AUGAUGGUCGACAGCUGCAUGGCCAAGAUGGGCGGAGGCAUCUAUUUGGCUCGUAGCCACCUGGCGCAGUCAGGUGGCAAUUUGACGAUCAAGGAUUGCAAAGCCGAGAAUGGUGGUGGCUUGGCACUCCACGAGAGCCCCAUGAUUCUCUCGGAGGGUGGCAGAUUGAGCUCCAAGAAAUGCAUAGCCGCAAACUCCGGCGGUGGUGCAUGGGUCAAUUCUGGUGAUGUCAUACAGCAGGGCGGAACCCUUGCUUUUGAGGACUGUGAGGCUAAGCAGUUUGGCGGUGGUAUGUACAUCAAGGGCCACAUUUCACAGCUUGAUGGGAGGAUGCUUCUCGAUAGGUGCAAGGUUCAAAGCAAUCAAAGCUUUCAGCAGCUUUCUGAAGCGGAAUCUCAUCAGAGCAAUGACAAGCCAAGCUGGGGCUUUGGUGGCCCAAUGUUGCAAAAGGAUGCUGAAUCGGAAUCUGACAAGAACAAGCUAAGCUGGAGCUUUGGCAGCUCAGACCUGCAGAAGGAUGCUGAAUCGGAAUCUGACAAGAGCGAGCUAAGCUGGGACUUUGCCCCGAUCUUGCAGAAGGAUGCUGAUUUGGAAUCUGACAAGAGCAAGCUAGGCUGGGGCUCUGGCAGCCCGACCCUGCAGAAAUAUGCUGAAUCAGACUCGGAUAGGCAUACUCUUGGUGGGGGUGGUGUAUGGGUCCAAUCAGGUAAAAUCUAUCAGAAGGAUGGAAGUAUGUCCUUUGUCGGGUGUUACAGCGAGGGUGUUGGAGGUGGGCUUGGGGUGGUGGCAGGGAGCAUCCAACAGCAUGGUGGCAUCGUGCAGUUUGGUGACUGUGCAGCCAGGCGGUCUGGUGGUGGCAUAAGGCAAUAUCUCGCAGAUGGAUGGGACUUUGAAGUUCUACAGGUGUAG